GACAUUGAUGGAUGCCGAAACGCACCAGACUUGCGAGAACGACUUCAGCGUUCUCCUCGACAUGACAUCUCCCGUGCUGGUUUCCCCUUGUGGCUGCGGCGGGGAGACCUGCGACUCGACGCCUGAGCCUCUGGCGUUCUCGGACACUCCACUGGUUGCUCCUAUGGCUUCUGACUUUGGCGGUUUGA